ACAUCUAGCCAAAACGCUUCAACGAUGGACUUAGGUGGGCGACCACCCAAUUCGAUUUGGCCAACAACAGCCCUCUAUGGAGAGCCGCCACUGGUCCCGGCUACGACUUACAAAGGGCCACCCACUUCAGAACCCGAACUACCUCCGCCGGCCUGCCCCCAAGAUUUUAUACCGACUGCAAGCCGCACAUUCGCCAGCUUUGAAGGCCUCUUACUUCUCGAGAAUACCGGGAUGGCCUGCACCACCACAAUCAGCAAGAUUGACCCCACAAUGCAGACGACAACAGAACCGCAAGGAACAAGCUCAACCUCGAACAUCGUUCCAUCGAAUACUGAGUCUUCAGGGAUAAAUUCAUCGUGUGCUCUUCGAAAUGAAUCCUCCAGCGACAACGAAAACAUUGCUCAUCUCACACUUUGCAGCUUGAACACCAUUCAAUCAACUGCAUCAACACCCCCGCCCCUGACUCAACACCCCAGCCCAAACCCGGAGCUUUCUUCUAUCAUGAAUUCCACCCCAGCCCCUACUCCGAUCAACUCGCCCGGCCUUGAUUGGCACCCUCCACGCAACAAUACCACAAUCGCCGUGGCCGUGUCAGUACCCAUGGUCUCUCUUGCUCUUCUCUGCCUCGGAGCCUAUUUCUUCUUCUACAAGCGGAGGAAUAGGCGUUAUUACUACACACAACAUGGCAGCACCCACAAUGACGACAGCGGGGGCCAUAAAGCCUCAACUGUACUUCCUCAUUCCACUGUUCCCGGUAUAGUGGGCAACCCGGGUCCAGACAACACAGCAUACACCCAAAAAGCUUUAGUAGUGGGCAGGCUCAAAGCUCGAGAUGUCAAUGAGGACAAGCCGCAGUGGACCAAGGGCGGAUACAGAAAGUAUGGGGAUGGUGUCGCGCGGCCGCCACCUCUGUCGCCCAGAGACGCUCCUGCACUGAGAAGGAUGGCCAGUAAUGCUACUUCCAGUAGCAAGUACUCCCAACCUGAAAACUCUGUCGGUAACGAUGCCAAUUGGCCAUUGAAACCCUUACCUUAUGAGUCUGUCUGA